UUGGAUCAACGGACCUUCAUCUCUUCUUUAUUUCCUAAUCCCCUCUCAAAAGUUUAACAAGCAAAAAGUUUGAUUGAGCAACGAAAUGAGUAGUGGCAGCAGAAAGAGUUGGGUUGAAGAAAUAAGUGGCAGCAGGAAGAGUUGGUUUGCCAGUGGCAGACACUCAAGACAUUUCGAGGAAGAAGAAGCUCUUAGAUGGGCUGCUAUAGAGAAGCUACCAACAUAUAACAGGUUACGAAUAAGCAUCAUCAAAGAUUCUGAUGGUCAGGCACUUAGAGAAGUAGAUGUUAAACAACUUAACGAGGAAGACCGGCAGAAGUUCAUGAACGGGAUAUUUAAGGAUGGAGACGAAGAUAAUGAAAAGUUCUUGAAGAAGUUGAGAAAUAGAAUUGAUAGGGUUGGAAUUCAACUUCCAACAGUGGAGGUCAGGUACGAGCACUUAACAGUAGAAGCAGAUUGCUACAUAGGUAGCAGAGCCCUUCCAACUCUUCCAAAUACUGCCCUAAACAUUGUAGAUUCCGUUGUUGGUAUGCUUGGAAUCAGCCUGGCUAAGAGAAAGAAACUCACCAUCCUUAAAAAUGUCUCGGGUAUAAUCAAACCAUCAAGAAUGACCCUUUUGUUAGGGCCUCCUUCGUCUGGGAAAACAACCCUGUUGCUGGCAUUGGCAGGAAAAUUGGAUCCAAACUUAAAGGUUAGGGGAGAAGUAACUUACAAUGGGUACAAACUCGAUGAAUUUGUUCCCCAAAAAACAUCUGCAUACAUUAGCCAAAAUGAUGUUCAUGUCGGAGAAAUGACUGUGAAAGAAACACUAGAUUUCUCAGCAAGAUGUCAAGGAAUUGGAACAAGAUAUGAUCUUUUGAGUGAACUUGCAAGGAGGGAAAAGGAUGCUGGAAUAUUCCCAGACCCAGAAGUAGACCUUUUCAUGAAGGCAACUUCAAUUAAAGGAGUUGAAAGCAGCCUCAUCACUGACUAUACUCUAAAAGCAACUUCAAUUAAAGGAGUUGAAAGCAGCCUCAUCACUGACUAUACUCUAAAAAUAUUGGGACUGGAAGGAUGCAAGGACACAAUUGUGGGUGAUGAAAUGCACCGAGGGAUCUCCGGUGGACAGAAAAAAAGAGUAACCACAGGAGAGAUGAUUGUGGGGCCAACAAAAACACUGUUCAUGGAUGAGAUAUCAACGGGUCUGGACAGCUCCACGACAUAUCAGAUUGUGAACUGCCUGCGGCACAUCGCACACCAUACGGACGCCACCAUUUUAGUCUCCCUACUCCAGCCUGCUCCUGAGACGUUCGAUCUUUUUGAUGAUGUCAUACUCUUAUCGGAGGGCCAUAUCGUGUACCAUGGCCCACGAGAGCAUAUCUUCAGUUUCUUUGCUGAGUGUGGGUUCAGAUGUCCUGAGAGAAAGGGAGCCGCUGAUUUCUUGCAAGAGGUUACCUCAAAGAAAGAUCAAGAACAAUAUUGGGCAGAUAGAAGCAAGCCAUACCGCUACGUACCGGUAUCCAAAUUUGCAAAAAAAUUCAAGCAAUCCCAUGUGGGGACGCAGCUGCAACAGGAACUCUCGAUACCAUUCGACAAGUCCAAAAGCCACAGAGCGGCCUUAGUCUUCACAAAGUACUCAAUUCCCAAACUCGAACUACUCAAGGCCUGUUGGGAUAAAGAAGUCCUCUUGAUGAGGAGAAACUCAUUCUUCUAUGUCUUCAAGACCACCCAGCUUGUCAUCCUAGCACUCAUAGCAUCUACAAUGUUCUUGAGAACUAGAAUGCAUACUAGGAAUGAGGAAGAUGGUGCAACAUAUAUAGGUGCAUUGCUGUUUGGAAUUUUCACAAACACUUUUAAUGGGUAUGCUGAGAUUGCCCUCAAUAUCGCCAGGCUUCCAGUUUUUUAUAAACAUAGGGACCUCUUAUUCCAUCCAGCUUGGGCAUUCACUAUCCCAGUUUCCUUGCUAAAAGUGCCCAUCUCCAUUUUUGAAACAAUUACUUGGGUGGGUAUAACAUAUUAUUCCAUAGGAUUUGCUCCAGAAGCUAGCAGAUUUUUCAAGCACCUGCUAUUGGUAGUUUUGAUACAACAAAUGGCCGGUGCAAUGUUUACAUUCAUUGCAGCAGUGUGCAAGGUGAUGGUCGUUUCCAAUACCGGCGGAAUGUUUGUUCUGUUGUUUGUGGUGUCCCUGGCAGGGAUAUCCCUUCCAAGAACUAAAAUCCCAAAGUGGUGGAAGUGGGGUUACUGGGUUUCCCCUAUGUCUUAUGGUUUCAAUGCCAUAGCUGUAAAUGAAAUGUAUGCUGAAAGGUGGAUGAACAAAUUGGCAUCAGACGGAUCUACUAGUUUGGGAGUGGCAGUGCUCAAACAAUACAAGAUUUUUACUGACAGAAACUGGUAUUGGAUUGGUGCAGCAGCUCUUUUUGGGUUCAUUAUCCUUUUCAUUACCCUCUUCACCUUAGCACUAGAGUACCUAAAGGCUCCCAAGAAACCACAAGCAAUAAUUCCUGAGGAAGAAGAAGAAGAAGAAGAAGAAGAAGAAGAAAAAUUGGAGAAAGAACCAAGACUAGGAAGAAUGAGAUCUAAGACUUCUCAGCCAAUGUCAUCUUUUGAUGGAAACAAUAGUUCAAGAGAAAUGGCAAUCCAUAGAAUAAGCAGCCAAAGCAUGCCUGAAGGAACAAGCAGAAAUUCUGAUUCAGCACUUUCAUCAACCAGAGGAAUGGUUCUUCCAUUUACGCCUUUGACAAUGUCAUUUAACAAUGUCAAUUACUAUGUUGACAUGCCCCCUGAAAUGAAGGACCAAGGAGUGACUCAAGAUAAGCUACAACUACUUCAAGGAGUAACAGGUGCAUUCAGGCCUGGAGUCUUGACUGCAUUAAUGGGAGUUAGUGGUGCUGGAAAGACGACAUUGAUGGAUGUUUUGGCAGGAAGAAAGACUGGUGGAUAUAUUGAAGGGGAUAUCAGAAUUUCUGGAUUCCCCAAAAAUCAAGAAACCUUUGCAAGAAUUUCUGGAUAUUGUGAACAAACUGAUGUCCACUCACCCCAAAUCACUGUUAAAGAAUCACUGGUAUAUUCAGCUUUCCUCCGGCUUCCAAAAGAAGUUCGUCCAGAGGAAAAAAAGCGUUUUGUGGAUGAAGUGAUGGAAUUGGUAGAGUUGGACAACAUCAAAAAUGCUCUGGUGGGGCUUGUAGGAGUAUCAGGGUUGUCAACAGAACAAAGAAAAAGGUUGACAAUUGCAGUGGAGCUUGUUGCUAACCCCUCAAUUAUUUUCAUGGACGAACCUACUUCUGGUCUCGAUGCAAGGGCAGCUGCCAUUGUUAUGAGGACAGUGAGAAACACUGUGGAUACAGGUAGAACCGUUGUCUGUACAAUCCAUCAGCCUAGUAUUGAUAUUUUCGAAGCCUUUGAUGAAUUGCUACUGAUGAAAAGAGGAGGACAAUUGAUCUACUUUGGACCACUGGGUCGGAAUUCUCACAAGUUGAUCCAAUAUUUUGAGGCAAUUCCUGAAAUCCCUAAAAUCCAGGAAAAGUACAAUCCUGCUACCUGGAUGUUAGAAGUGAGCUCAAUAGCAGUUGAAUCCCGGCUUGGUAUUGACUUUGCUGAGCACUAUAAAUCAUCAUCCUUAUAUCAGCAAAACAAGGCUUUGGUGAUAGAGUUAAGUACACCACCACCAGGAGCAAAAGACCUCUACUUCACAUCUCAAUAUUCUCAGACAAUGUGGGGGCAGUUCAAAUCCUGUCUUUGGAAGCAAUGGAUGACUUACUGGAGAAGUCCUGACUACAACCUUGUUGGACUCUUCUUCACCCUGCUUGCUUCCCUCAUGCUCGGAUCAGUCUACUGGAGGGUUGGAAGUAAAAUCCAGAAUGCAAACGAUUUAACCAUGAUAGUGCUGGCCAUGUUUCUAUCUGUUAUGUUUAUAGGAGUCAGUAAUUGUCAAACAGCACAGCCAGUGGUAGCCAUAGAAAGAACAGUAUUUUAUCGAGAAAGAGCUGCUGGAAUGUCCUCUCCUUUACCUUAUGCCCUUGCUCAGGUGACUUCUGAAAUACCGUAUGUGUUAGCCCAAGCCACAUAUUUCACACUCAUUGUGUAUGCCAUGUUCAAUUUUCAAUGGACAGCAGCAAAGUUCUUCUGGUUCUAUUUCAUCUCCUUUUUCUCCUUCCUCUACUUCACAUACUAUGGAAUGAUGACUGUUUCCAUCACCCCAAACCCCCAAGUGGCAGCCAUUUUAGCAGCAUCCUUCUACUCACUCUUCAACCUUUUCGCUGGCUUCUUCAUCCCUAGACCGAAAAUGCCAAAGUGGUGGGUUUGGUAUUACUGGUUGUGCCCGGUUUCAUGGACAGUUAAUGGAUUGAUCACUUCACAAUAUGGAGAUGAUGAAAACACCAUUGAAGUUGCUGGAAUUGUGCCCAACCCAACCGUUAAAUGGUACUUAAAACACCAUUUUGGGUUCGAUUCAGAUUUCAUGGGGCCUGUUGCUGCAGUCUUGGUUGGUUUCUCAGUGCUCUUUGCUUUCUUAUUUGCCUUUGGUAUCAAGAAAAUGAACUUCCAAGUAAGAUGAGGGCAGAAUAAUGCUAUUGUAUUUAAUAUAAAUCUCUCCCUUGUGUUGUCUUAUGGUCUGUUUUAGUUUUACCACUGAAAUUAUUCUAGUUCUAGUGAAAUAGAGAAGCCGGGUACGU